AUGACAAUGGCAGAUGCACCAGUUGACAUUGUACAAUAUCUUAGUACUGUCUUUUCAACCCUUCCCACUCCAAUUUCAAUCGUACGCCUAACAGGAGGAGAAAUAAAUUAUGUUUAUCGUGUAUCCUUUGAUCAGCCAAUUGAGGAGUUUGCGAGUGCUCGCUCGGUAGUAAUCAAAAUAUCAUUAGGAACAUUAGCCUCUCAUCCUGAGGUGAAAUUUGGACUUGAACGACAGAUGAUUGAAGCACGUGCCAUGGCCCUUCUUGCGCCUACCUCUACGGGACUUCCUCUGCCUAUAAGCUUUCCAAAUCCAUAUCCACACGUAAUGACACCUUCACUUUAUCAUUAUUCACCUCAAAACAAUAUUCUUAUUAUGCAAGAUAUGGGCUCGCACCCUGACCUCCAACAGUUCCUUCUGGACCGUGCGACAACCAGUCAAGAUGCAUGUGCUCUUGGUGAACUGCUAGGCAGCUAUUUAAGCCAGUUUCACACUUUCACUAAAGAUAAUAUCACUAUGUUGACGCCAUAUUUCAUAAACAAUGCUGUGCGAACUCUUCUACAAGAUGUUUUUUACUCUGCCGUCAUACCUGUCAUCUCUCUUACAACUCUUCCUGCUUCUCAAAUAGCCCAGUUAGCCGAGAAAGCACGGCUUUUCGGGACUCAAGGAACACUUGACCAAACGAGUUCUACUGUUACAGAGGUGGUUAAGAUGGGGGAUCUUUGGCCUGGAGCGAUUCUAAUCCCACAAAGCCGAAAGGAACUAGUAAUUUUAGACUGGGAAUUUUGUGAUAUUGGUAAUCCCGCCAUAGAAGUAGGCCAUUUUGUCACAUUUCUCUAUUUACUUGCAAAUUUUCCACCACCAGAAAUGGGUACUAUGGAAGGAAUGACUAAUGCGAGCCUUUUCAUGAAAAAUUUUUUGCAAAAAUAUAUCAAGAACUUUGUACCAAAAAAUGCAAAGUCAUUUUGGGAAGAUAUGCAGACCAUAAUCGGUGUUGAUAUUUUGAUUGAAGCGGGAAAGGGAAGAUGGUGUUCAAUUGAAUCAUGUUCAUGUGAAGGAAGGUGUUUACUUGUUGAAGAGGAAGGAGCCAAAAAAAAGCAAAUUUGCGUGAAAAAAAUCGUGGAAGUUGGAAUUGAAUUAUUGGAGG